AGCACUGUAGUCCAAUAACCUUGCAGUGUUUUUAGUUUGAAACACAGCUAACAGUUAACAGUCAGAAGAAGAACAUUUAUCAAAAAAGUUAAGGGUACGGCCUUAAUUACACUUCAUCUUGAGUCGGGAUAUGAUAAAACGUAAACUGUUGUCUUUCUGAGCUCUAUUAGUCGUGCCUGGAGUACAGUCGGUAGUCCAGCGAAAGCGCUGACGCGAUCCCAUUGGGCACGAGAUCCAAGCCGUGGUGACACAGCGGCAGCUGCAGGUUGCCACCUUUUUCUGGUCAAAUUUUUUUAAUUUAUUUAACAAAACUGUCCCGGUCGAACCAAACCGUCAAACAUAAUCAGAGGCAGAAUGUCGGAAGGAGACAGCAGCGCAGAGAGCAUCCAUGGGAAGCCGUCGGUGAUCGGGAUGGUUUUCACGCGACUCGGACAGGUAUAUCAGUCAUGGCUGGACAGGUCGACGCCGUUCUCUGUAGGCCGCUGGGCCGUCACUCUAUUGCUAGUGCUCAUCUACAUGAUAAGGGUCUAUAUAUUACAGGGAUGGUAUAUAGUCACGUACGCACUGGGAAUUUAUCAUCUCAACCUAUUCAUUGCUUUCUUGUCCCCAAAAGUGGACCCAUCACUACUGGACGAUUCAGACGAAGGUCCUUCGUUGCCCACGAAGCAGAAUGAAGAAUUCCGACCUUUCAUUAGGAGGCUACCUGAGUUCAAGUUCUGGCAUUCAGCAACAAAAGGCAUCGUCAUCGCAAUGAUUUGCACGUUUUUCGAAGCCUUCAACGUGCCAGUGUUCUGGCCCAUUCUCGUCAUGUACUUCAUCAUGCUCUUCUGUAUCACCAUGAAGCGGCAGAUAAAGCAUAUGAUCAAGUACAGGUACCUGCCCUUCACACAUGGGAAGAGGACAUACAAAGGCAAGGAAGACACAGGGAAAACCUUUGCUAGUUAAAAAUUUCUGGCGACUUAGCAACAUUUGUCAUGGAAUAAACAGGAGGAGAUCAGGUGGGAGUUUCUGAUACAAAAAAUGGAAGAGCGUUUUGAUCCAUUGUGACAGUGAUAAGGAACUGGGGGACAGUUUUUAUUUUUAUUUUUUCCCUUUAAAGGAGAUUACGCACUGCCUUUGCUUAAAGAACUUUGUGUGGCGAUUUUCGAGGAAACACUUGCUGCCUGUUCUGCAGGUAAAUGCAACAGUAAAUCUUUUUGGCCUCAAAAAACAAUCAGUUUGAGGGGCAGUUAUAAAGUAUAACUUAAUCUCAACAGUAGAAACACCCCCACUUUUGUGUUCCGCGUUAUCCUACUGGUGAGGCUGUUCAUCCUGUGAUAUUCAGGGAUUUUAUCAGAUAACUAAAACUCCAUUUUAUUGCCCGCUAAUCUAGAAUGUUAUUAUAUUUAAAUAUUAUUCUGCAUGUAGAUAUUUAUUAUGAUUUUAGUUUAUUCACAGUUGCCAAAUUUAAAUUUGCCUCUAAUUACCCAUAUACACUAUUUUCCACUGUAUUAUUUCUUGCAUAUAGUUUCCCUGUGACGGUAAGAGUGUCAAAAAGUGUCUUUUGUAGUAAUGGUCAGAGAGAAGCACAGAUUUCAGGGUCCUAUUUUGUGUGUGUCACAUUGUCCUUCUGCCUUUAUGCCUCGGCUGCCUCAGAGUGCUGUGGGUUCGGAUGCGUCUUGUUUAAGAUCGACCUGCAUGCGGACUUCAGGAGAGCAUAUGGUCUAUCAUAAUGGGGGGACUGUUCUGCUAUGUGUUUUUCCCAUAGCCUGGAAAAAAUACUUUUUGACCAAAGCAUUUCCAUAGUGGGGAAAAGAUUUCAUCUUCAUUUUCAUACAAGAGGGUUGGGUGGUUUCAUUUGCAAUGUGGGAUUUUUUUUUUUCUUUACGGGAUCCAUUUACUAUGCUAGAGCUCUUUAUGGGCAGUUUUUUUCUUUGUUUUUUUUUAUUUUUAUUAAAUUUCCCCCGUUGAAGAGUAUUGCUGUCAGACACUUGGCUCUGGAUACAUUCCUAUUGAGAUGUGGUAUACCAUGCUUCAGUACUACAUUUUACAGGUCUGCGAUGCCCUAAUUGGAAAAAGUACUCUGGCACAACGUCAUCAUUCCGGUAAACAGCAGUCCUUUCCAAAAAGGAACUGAUUUUAUUGCUUCUUUUGAGUUCAUUGAGAAAGGGCUAAAAUAUGGAGUUUAUUCUACUGGGCAAAUGACAUUUCAAAUUAGUGGCUCACAUAUAUAUGUCUCAAAAAGUAGUUGUGAUAUUCAGGCAUGUGGUUGGGGGGGGGAAAUGUGGAAAAAGCUGAAUAAUCACUGCUGUGAAGGAUCAAAACAUUCUUUUCCUGUGCAACAUGUUUCAAAAAGGGUUGUUUGGUUUGAAACAAAGUUGUCAGACGGUGUCAACAUUUUCUUUUACAUAUGCAAGUGUCAUGAAACAGUGGAAACUUUUUCAGAUGAACUCGCAUGUUGUUAUUACUGGGUUUUCUUGUGCUUCAGAAUUGGGGGGGAGGGACCUGAUUUUAUUUCCAAAAUGUAAUUUUUCA